AUGGGAAAGAUUUUCUUUUAUGAGGACAAGAACUUCCAAGGUCGCUGCUAUGAGUGCAGCACAGACUGUUCUGACAUGUCCUCCUAUUUCAACCGCUGCAACUCCAUCCGGGUGGAUAGUGGAAACUGGAUCCUCUAUGAACAUGCCAACUACAGGGGAUACCAGUAUUUUCUUUGGAAAGGAGAAUAUCCUGACUUUCAGCAAUGGAUGGGAUUUAAUGACUCCAUCAGGUCAUGUCGCUUGACUCCUCUGCAUCGUGGUCCAUUUAGAAUGCAAAUCUAUGAACGGGGAGAUUUUCAGGGCAAAAUGAUGGAGUUUUCUGAAGACUGCCCUCAUGUCUAUGAUCGAUUCCGUUUUCAUGAAAUCCACUCUUGCAAUGUGCAUGAUGGGUACUGGAUGUUUUAUGAAGAGCCCAAUUACAGGGGACGCCAAUAUUACCUGAGACCUGGAGAGUAUAGAAGAUACACUGACUGGAGUGCUGUGAACCCUAGAAUUGGCUCAUUUAGAAGAGUUCACCAUCUUUUUUAA